CUUCCAGAUCACUGUAAGGGUGGGCGGGACGCGUACCAAAUGCAAACAUGGCGGCGUCCUUAGAUGAUGAUGAUUUUGAGUUUGAUAACCAGGAUUACUACUCUCUGCUCAACGUCAGGAAAGAGGCUACAUUGGAGGAGCUAAAGGCGUCAUAUCGGAGGCUGUGUAUGCUCUACCAUCCUGACAAACAUCGAGACCCAGAGCUGAAAAGCCAGGCUGAACAGCUUUUCAACCAGGUGCACCAGGCAUAUGAAGUGCUGAGUGAUGCUCACUCCAGAGCCAUCUAUGACAUCUUUGGGAAGAAAGGGUUGGAGGUGGAAGGCUGGGAGGUGGUAGAGAGAAAGAGAACUCCGGCAGAAAUCCGAGAGGAGUACGAAAGGCUGCAGAGAGAAAGAGAAGAGAGGAGACUGCAGCAAAGAACUAACCCCAAGGGCACCAUCAGCGUGGGCGUGGAUGCAACAGACCUGUUUGACCGCUAUGAUGAGGACUUUGAAGAGAUGCCAGGAGGAGGAUUUCCUCAUAUUGAAAUCAACAAGAUGCACAUUUCCCAGUCCAUAGAGGCUCCUUUGACAAACUCUGAUACGGCGGUGCUGUCUGGUUCCCUCUCUACACACAAUGGGAAUGGUGGGGGCAACAUUAACAUGACCAUACGAAGGGUUACAUCUGCCAAAGGCUGGGGAGAGGUGGAGAUGGGUGCAGGAGACAUACUCGGACCUCUGAUUGGGUUAAAGGUGUUUCGCAACCUCACCUCACGUUGUUUCUUGACAGCCCAGUGUGGUUUGCAGUUCUCACCUCGAGGUCCGCGGCCAAGCUGUUCUCUGAUGACAGCACGCCACCUGGACCAGAACACCAUGGGCUAUCUGCAAUGGCGGUGGGGGCCCAACAGCGCAAUGACCACCAGCCUGGUCCGAGACACAAAGAGCAGCCAUUUUACUCUGGCUCUGCAGCUGGGUGUGCCUCAGUCCUACCUCAUGAUGAGCUACCAGUACAAGUUCCAGGAUGAGGACCAGACCAAAGUGAAAGGCUCUGUGAAGACAGGCUGGUUUGGUACUGUGGUGGAAUAUGGAGCAGAGAGGAAGAUCAGUCGACACAGUGUCUUGUCAGCCACUGUCAGCAUUGGGGUCCCUCAGGGAGUUACACUCAAGAUCAAGUUGGCGCGUGCCAGUCAGACGUACCUGUUUCCUGUCCACCUAACAGAUCAGCUGCUGCCCAGUGCUGUCUUCUACGCCACUGUGGGACCCCUGCUGGUCUACAUGGCCAUCCACAGACUGAUAGUCAUCCCAUAUACACAAGCACAGAAAGAGCAAGAUCUGGAGCUGCAGAGGAAGAGCUCGGCCACAGACAUUGCCAAGAAGAAGCACGAGGCAGAGUCUGCUGUUCUGCUGAUGCAGGAGUCUGUAAAGAGAAUCAAAGAAGCGGAAGAAUCCAAGAUGGGUCUGAUCAUCCUGAAUGCCUGGUAUGGAAAGUUUGUGUCAGACACCAGCCAGAAACAGGAGAAAGCAAAGGUCAUCGAUGUUACUGUGCCUCUGCAGUGCCUGGUCAAGGACUCCAAACUCAUCCUCACCGAGGCCUCUAAGGCAGGGUUGCCGGGCUUCUACGACCCCUGUGUAGGAGAGGAGAAGAGUCUCAAAUUACUGUACCAGUUCAGAGGUGUCAUGCACCAGGUCAUCUCUGCAGACACUGAGUCGCUACGGAUACCCAAGCAAUCUCACAGAAUUGAGUCUGAUCCCUAGGAACCCACCACUGUUGUAGACACCAGAGGACAAAAACAAACAAAACAGACCUUUUGUAAACAGAAGAACCCAAGAAUGACGAGGACACAACAUUGAGUCUGUUUCUCUUCUCUGGUCCUCUUUAACAUGUUAUUAGUGAAUCUGUUUAUCAAGUUCCUCCUCCUCCUCCUGUGGCCCGUCUCCAAGGUUCAGCAGAAUACAGGAGUCAGAUCAGAGUUUCUACAAGAUGUUACCUUUUGUGUCUCUAGUCUGCUACACCUGACAGGGCUGCUCAAAUAUCCGCGUGCUGCAGGAGAUCAGACAUGGGCACUGAACUUAGUUUUAUAUAUGCACUACACAGAGGGUACUGAUGUUCACUGCGGACGUGGUAACCAUUUCUGUUAAUGAUGAGCUAAAAGCACAGCUCAUAUACUUGACAUUUGAUACGUCAGUUAUAUAAGCUGGGCUGUAAUUUGACCCCAUAUCAUUGUCGUCUUUGUCGUGUAUCUGUAUCACCCUGGUAGGUUUGAAUCUAAUAAUGUUAUAACAAACCAGUCAUUUCACUAACUCGUGCAAAUAGUUAGAGUAACACUAUGCAGGAUCAUGUCUCAGUGACCCUGAGGCUGGACUGAGGAUUGAUUGCGUAACUCAUGUUAUUGUUUACUUGUUGAAAUGUCCCAUCCUAAUUUAUUAUGCCUUUUAGUGACAUGUCUGCUGCUCAGGUGUAAACUGGUGCUCAAAAACUUGUAUCUGUAAGGGUUGGGAAAUUGGAUGAGGGAUUGUACAGAGAGGGAAAGUGCUAUGCCCUUUGAUGGUAGUUAUCAAACCAAGGAGGGAAAUGCUUGAAUUCUCUUGCAAUUUAAAGGCGGAAGUUUCACUUCACUUCAAUUUGAUUUGUUUACUGAUUGUUGCUGUGCAGUUGCAGCCAAAAACAGUAUUCAUUACAAUGCUUUUAAUAAGUUCAUAGUUUGUACUUCACUGGGGUACAUCCAGCCCUAAGCCCCUGAUAACAGUUACUACGGGAAUGGAUUUGUAAGAAACUAGCAAAAAUGGAGCUAUGAACGACGGUUUUCUGGUUGUGAUGCGACCUGUAGAGGGGUUAGGUCAUCACUUUACCUCACAAAGGCUGUGUUGCUGCCAAAACUGUCACUGUGACACACAAAAAAACGUGUGACUGGAGCUGACCUGAGCCACACUGAAACCAUUCUACGGAUUAUGGCACAUGUACAUGGCUGCAUUUAUUUGUUUGACUUUGUUCAGUUUGUACACCAGUCUUGUGCCAUAUAUUUCAAUUUUGACAUCCUCUGUCCCUCUUUUUUUAUUUCAGUAUUGUAUUAAUCUGCCAAUGUCAUGUCAAUUCUUAUAUAUGGUAUAUGAUGUUAAAACUAUGCGUGCCACUUGGCUGUCAUUGAGGUGAUAAUCCAUACAAUAACUCAUAAUAUGUCUGUUUUCUUAUCAGAGGGGUGAGGUUGACACGGGGAAAUCUAACAUGCUAUGAUGCACUUUUUGUUCAGAUACAGACGUG